AUUGAAGAUGAAACUCAAGUUUCUCGAGCAACGCAGGGUGAACAAGAUAACUAUGAGAUGCAUGUCAGAGCUGCAAACAUUGUCCGAGCUGGCGAGUCCCUGAUGAAACUUGUGUCUGACCUGAAGCAGUUCUUGAUCCUCAAUGAUUUCCCCUCUGUGAAUGAAGCUAUCAACCAGCGCAACCAGCAGCUGAGAAGCUUGCAGGAGGAAUGUGACAAGAAGUUGAUUGCACUACGGGAUGAGAUCUCCAUUGACCUGUACGAGCUAGAAGAAGAAUAUUACUCUUCCAGCUACAGUCUGUGUGACAGCAAUGAUCUUCCGCUGUGUGAAGCCUACUGGAGACAAGACUUUGCCACACUGUCCCCCGAAAGCCUCUCCAUGCCUCUGGCAGCUGCCACAGCAGAGCAGAGCGCUGCUACCUCCCAGAGCUCAACCCCAUCGCAUCCUCACGUGAACGGGCACGGGGCAGGCCCCGCGGAGCACUCCUGAAGAGGAUCCUCUGCUGCUGAAUGUCUGGCGGCACCGCGCUGCUGGAAGUCUUCCACCUGCUGUACUGAGCAAACGUCUCCUGCUGUGAGGAGAACGCGCUGGAGCUGUACUUGCAGAUUUUCUGCUCACUGGACAGCCAGAGUGCUCUCUCCACCCCUGGGACUUUGCCAUGAGUGUUAGUCUCCCU